CACUCGCCAGCUUUGAAUAAUUAUGGACAUUUCAGCCCGCCUUAAAGAAUGUAUUGAGAUUCCUCAACAAAAAGAAAAGCUGGAUGCGUUCCGAAGUGUCCUAAAUGACGUUCUUUCGUCAUCUCAAGGACCCCAGCAAGUCAAUUCUUUAGAAGAGUAUGUCAAGGCGGUACUUGAUGUUCAAGUCGGAUUGGUCAUUGCACGACAACUUCUGUCAGAGUUGAUUGAGCUACUUGACGCCCGAAUUACUGAUCGCGACAAUCGAAAGAAACUUUUACUGUAUGCGAUUGGCCAGGCACAGUUACGUGCAGUUAGCUUCGAAGAACAACUAUCCCAAAUGCGAUCUAAGCUGGCAGAUAUAUAUACUGAAGAAGAAGACUUCUUGGAAGCUGCCAGAACUCUCCAAGGAAUUUCGCUAGAUUCAGGACAUCGUGCUAUUUCGGAUGACUUUAAGCUGGAUAUAUACAUUCGUAUUGUCCGACUCUUACUUGAGGUUGAUGAAACGAUCUCAGCCGAGACCUAUCUUAAUCGCGCAGCACUCUUAUUGCCAGCCACACCAGAUCCGGCACGCGGCUUAAUUUUCAAACUAUCACAAGCACGUAUUUUGGAUGCCAAGCGUCGUUUCUUGGAGGCAUGUCAAAAGUAUCAUGAGCUCAGUUACGAUUCUCAAAUGGAUGAAGAAGAGCGUAUAUUCUCUCUGUCUGCUGCUGUACAGUGCGCUGUACUAGCUGGUGCUGGUCCAAUGAGAUCUCGCACUCUGGCUACACUCUAUAAAGACGAGAGAACCCACCAUCUGCCCUCAUUUCCAAUUCUUGAGAAAACGUAUCUUGAUCGCGUAAUUCGCCCUGAAGAAGUGUCCGAUUUUGCGGCUACCCUCAAGCCCCAUCACCUGGCCAGACUCACCAGUAACACUACUGUUUUUGAUCGCGCGAUUAUCGAACACAACUUACUGUCAGCCUCCAAGAUUUACAACAACAUCUCAUUUGAUGAACUAGGCGUACUACUUAAUGUGUCCAGCGAGCAAGCAGAACAGGCGGCAUCGCAUAUGAUUGGAGAAAACCGUAUGGUUGGAAGCAUUGACCAAUUGGAUCAAUUGAUAUACUUUGAAUCCGGAGGAGCUGCGUUUGAUCAGAGUGGAGACGACAAUGUCAUUAGUGCUGCAGCUGCAGCCGCUAAUGGAACAACAUCGACCAACCAGCGUUUAGAACAAUCAAUGCUGGAGAUUGCAAAAUGGGAUUCUGGAAUCCAAAAUCUCUGUCAGGAUAUAGAUACUAUUGUUACUUUGAUCCAAGAGCGUUAUCCCGACUACGCGUCCGAACAUUUCAAUGCAAUGGCAUAAAUAAAUAAAUAAAACUUGUAAUAAAAUACAAAACGCUUAUUUUUUAUUGU